AUGAUUUUACUAUUACACUAUUGCAUACACCUGGAAGCGGCCGAUAAUGAUUUAGAAGAUCCUCCUGAAGGUUAUUACGCAUUUAUAGAAUCUCCAAAUGCUGAGCCUCCAAGAGUGCGCCCACCGCCUUAUACACAUGUGCUGGUAGAUUGCAGAGAAGAUGAUUCAAGAUCUCCUCAAGGUUCCUUAUUCAAUCUUUGUGGCGACCUAAAUAAAGGAACUAUUCCUAAAAACCCCAUGGGACAAAACGUUCUGGGCUCUCCAUAUCCAUUUGAACUGAUUAGAAACAUGACACUGAAAUAUCUCAGUCGAACGUUACCAAUUCUUAAGGCGGACGAAACCUUACCAAAAGUUGCACAACUACAAGACGAUUACAUCAGCCAAAAUAGUUUAUACACCCAACAUCCCAAUGACAGGAGUGAUCGAUCAAAACGAAGUGCAAACUCUACAGACCCACCAGUUACUGCAGCACCAGCAAAUGCGACAUCAACUGCUCAGGUUUCCUCAAGACAAGCGAGAAAGUUUUGUGACCAAGGAGGAGUAUUUUGUAUGCUUUACAAAGCUAUAAAUGGUGAAUCCAGUGGUCCUGCUACUUCUCAACUACCACUAGAGAGAAGGGACGAAGCACCCCUUGCCCAACCUCGAUGUUUACAAGCUCGCUGCCAUUACUUAGACGGUGGAUGUUUAUCGAGUCCAAGAUGGUCGAGUCUCUUAGUCGCAGAAAUUUAUUACCCAGACACAGUUUUGAGCAGCAGCGAUACUACAAAUCCCCAAAGAAGUCCUGUUGCAGCUUCUCAGCCGCCUUCAGUUCAAGAUUUUCAGAAUUACCAACAGUACCUUCACAAAAGAGCCGGUUUGCAGCCUAUAGAUGCUGGAACAACACAAAGACCGUCAUCUCAAUGUGACGGCAUAGAUGCAUUAGGAUGCUUCCAAGUACGACUUUACUACGACUGGUUCCUUAUUCCCGGUUCCUGCAAGUGUUGGCGCCCCGAUUACUUCAACAAAUACGUUAGACGAAAAUCAAAUACUGAUCUGUAA